GGACGGCCCAAUAUCAUAUCAGAACCCCACAUUUGGUACAUACGGAGUAUCUGGUCGUGCCGCCAAGGCUGUGCAUUUCGAACCCUUGUCCGAGCUCUCCCCAAGAACAACGUCAACCCAUUCCCCGAGAGACCACUUCUCUCAACACCAUCAACACCUUUUCUUCAGACAAUUAUUUUGCGGGUUGCGAUAUCUGCGAUAUCAGCUCACGGGAUAGAACAACAACUAUCGACUCACAACCAUGGCUCCACCCGUGGAGAUCUCCAUACCAUCCACGAUCCUAUCCAACAUACCCGGCGAGAAGCCAUACACCCUCUACAAUAUAACUCUCCGGCUCCCCCUUCGCACCUUCGUCGUGCAAAAACGGUAUUCCGAAUUCGUGACCCUCCACAACACCCUCACCUCCCUCAUCCCCGACCCAACUCCCGCUCCCCUCCCCUCGAAAUCGUGGUUCAAAUCGACCACCUCGUCUCCCGAGCUCACGGAAUCGCGGCGCGUCGGCCUCGAGAAAUACCUGCGCGCCAUCGCAGAAGGGCCUGACCGGCGCUGGCGCGAGACGUCGGUGUGGCGGGCGUUCCUCAACCUGCCGAGCGCGAGCGCGAGCGGCAGCGGGAGCAGCGCGCGCGGAGAGCUGCUCGCUGCGCAUCAGAGGGGUCUGGGGCCGGACGCGGGCCAGAUGGCGGCGGAUCCGCAGGUCUGGCUGGAUCUGCAUCGUGAGAUGAAGGGCCAGCUGCAUGAUGCGCGGCUGUUUCUGGGGCGGCGGGAUGGGGCGACGACGGCGCAGGGCCAGUACGAGGCCGGGGCGCAGGCGAAAAAGUGUCUGGUGAAGGUAGGGACGCUAUUGGGGAGCUUAGAGGAGGGCUUGAAGAUCAUGAUGGAUGGGGAGAGGAAGGGCGGGGAAGGGAAGCUGGGGGCGGGGGAGCUGAGGCGCCGGAAGGAUCUACUGGGGAGUGCAAAGGUGGAGAGGGAUGGCUUGGAGAAGCUAGCUGUCAACCUGGCGGUGAAGCACCAGAGCAAGAGUAGCAGUGGCAAUGGGGGCGCGGCGGCCACGAACCAGGACAAGAAUGCGUUAUUCGGGCCUGGAGUCUCGAGGCCCGCUGGACGAGUCCUCGGGGCCCCGGUUCCCGAGACGGACCGCACGCGGGAGUUGGAUAACGAGGGUGUUCUGCAGCUGCAGAAGCAGAUAAUGCAGGAUCAGGAUCUGGACGUGGAGGAGCUGACCAAGAUUGUGCGGCGACAGAAGGAGAUGGGCCUGGCGAUCCACUCGGAGCUCGAGCGGCAGAAUGAGAUGCUAGCAAGAGUGGACGAGGACGCAGAACGAGUGAAGAACAAGGUUGAUGUCGCAAAGAAGAGGAUUGGGAAGAUAUCAUAAGAUGGUCAUUUGUACAAUAUAUCUUUCAGCGUCUCUAGCAUCAGCGGCGGAGUUUGGCGCUUUCAAUUCGGGGUUUGGGAUUUUGUCAUUUUCUUCAGGGCCAUAGUAUAAGACAGAGAGAGAUACUGCUUCACGGCUAUACGGAGUUGCCUUUAUAUACAAUACCAGGUGUUGAAAUUUAGGAAUGGAGUUGAGAGUCAAACCGUGAGUGAUCAGAUGGAAGGACUGUCGGAUAUUAUAAGAGC